GGCGUGCCCCGCGGCGCGGCCGGUCCCGCUGCCGCCGGCGGGGACCGGGGAAGGGGGGAUCGCGGCGCCAUGGCGGAGAACGGGGCAGCCUCUCGGCCGCCGCCGGACGUGGACGCCGACGAGUGUCUCCGCGAGUACCGCCACCUCUUCAGCCCCGACAUCCUGGCGGGCCAGGUGGCGUUCAUCACCGGCGGCGGCUCGGGCAUCGGCUUCCGCAUCGCCGAGAUCUUCAUGAGGCAUGGCUGCCGGACGGUCAUCGCAAGCCGGAACCUGCAGCGAGUGUCAGAGGCCUCUAAAAAGCUGGUGGCAGCCACAGGCCAGCAGUGCCUGCCUCUGGCCGUAGAUGUCAGGCAGCCCCAGACCAUCGUGGCAGCGGUGGAUGAGGCGCUGAAGGAGUUCGAGCGGAUCGACAUCCUCGUUAACGGUGCUGCAGGAAACUUUCUGUGCCCAGCCAGUGCCCUGUCCUUCAACGCCUUCAAGACGGUGAUAGAUAUCGACACCAUCGGCACCUUCAACACCUCCAAAGUCCUCUUUGAGAAAUAUUUCCGGGACCACGGUGGGGUCAUCGUUAACAUCACAGCAACCCUGAGCUACCGAGGGCGGGCCCUCCAGGUGCAUGCUGGUUCUGCUAAAGCUGCCAUAGAUGCCAUGACCCGUCACCUUGCCGUGGAGUGGGGACCCAACAAGAUCCGAGUGAACAGCUUGGCACCAGGCCCCAUUACAGGCACCGAGGGCUACCGGAGGCUGGGUGGGAGAUUUGCCGAGGAGUCCAGCCUUUUCGACACGAUCCCCCUCCAGCGCGCAGGAAACAAGACGGAGAUCGCCCACAGCACGCUCUACCUGGCGAGCUGCCUCUCCUCCUACGUGACGGGCACCACCCUGGUGGUGGAUGGCGGGAGCUGGCUGACCUCUGCCAACAACUUCCCCGCCAUGCUGGGUAUUGCUUCAUCCUCUGCUAAACUCUAGAUUUCUGGGCUGCAGGAGCAAACAAAAAUCAAUGAUGGGACAGCCUGGGAUUGAGCCGUGGACAGAAGCGGGACCUGAUGCUGCUGCUGCUCUGGGACAUCUCGGGGUGACAUCUCCUGGAGUCAGAGCCCAUCGCUGCCGCCUCUGAUCAGCGAGCAGUGGUGGUGGUGGUGGUGACACUGCUGAUCCUGCCACCGCCUGGGGGAGGGAGCAGCGGGGGUGCUGGGUGGGGGGCACCCUCCUUCUGUGCCAUUCCUUUCUUCUGAGCUGACACGGCUGAGGGCACGGGGACAACGCGGGGUGUCCAGGCUGUGAUGUUCACCCGCCUAUUUGUAUCUCCUCCCAGUUGUUCUCCUGGCCUUUCCUGAGUCCCAGGCCCAUGGAUGUCCAUCCUCUUCCUCUCCUCUCCCCCAUCUCAGCCUGGGAAGCUGCCCAAGACCCCCAACUCCUUUUUGGGAGGGGGUUCAGCCCUGUCCAGGUUUUGGGUUCAGCCUGUCUAGGGUUGAGAUAGGCCUUCGUGCUGGGGGCAGCUCUCAGUGGGGAGGGGGGAAGCAAGGACCAAACUGUCCCCUGGUAGGGGGAAACGGCCCCGUCCCCUUCCCUGGCUCCUGGAUGGAGCAGCAGACCCCUGAGCAGGUUUGGCCAGGAUGUCCCUGUCCCAGGAGCAGAGGUGGAAGCCCACCAGAGCUGGCUCUGCGCCGCUGUGGGCCAUAGCACUGUGUCCUGGGGAGCCCCAGGCAUCUGGGUGUCUGUCUGUCUGUCUGUCCCACCAGUCUCAUGCUGUCUCCUCUCUCUGUAAAGCUGUGGGUUAAUCAAAAUCCAGCUGGAAUUCUGUCCUUCCCGAGCUGCAGGGGCCACAUGGGUGCCAGCACCUUGGUUUUGGGGGGGACACAGGGACACACGCACCCCGCUCGCGUGCGGUUCCUUUUCAAGCUUAUCCCAAAUUCCCUGAAGCUUGUUCUCCAACUUGAUUGCCUUUCUGACUUGAUUGUAGCCUUGCCAGGUGUUGCUCCUUCCCCCAGGCCACCAAUAAAGAGCUUCCACCCUGA